AUGGCCAGCCAUGAUCUUCACAAGGACCAGCUAGUUCCAACGGAGAGCCACACGUUCCCAGUAGAGAGAGACAACACCGUCUCGCACGAACCUCUGCACCAGCCCACGGUCUCGCGCGGGGCUUCAGAUGCCGGUCCACCACCGGAUGGCGGCCUUCUGGCCUGGCUUCACGUAGCUGGCGGAUUCAUGUUGUUCUUCAACUCGUGGGGCAUUCUCAACACCUUUGGUGUUUUCCAGACUUACUAUGAAUCCGGCACUCUGUUCGCGGCGUCAUCUUCAGAGAUCUCGUGGAUUGGAGCUGUUCAGGCUUUCCUCCUUCUCUUGGUGGGCUUCCUUGUCGGCCCGGUCUACGAUAGGGGACACCUCCGGCUCUUGUUAGCUGUUGGUUCGUUCGCUGUCGUUUUUGGACACAUGAUGCUGAGCAUAUGUACGGAGUACUGGCAGGCCAUGCUAUCCCAAGGGUUCUGCAUCGGCAUUGGAGCUGGCUGCCUCUUCGUCCCGUGCAUCUCCAUCCUUCCUACGUACUUUAGUCGGAAGUUGGGCCUCGCGGUCGGGCUGGCUUCAUCUGGGUCCUCAAUCGGCGGCGUCAUCUACCCAAUCGUCCUGGACCAGUCAUUGAGCCGAAUCGGCUUUGCCUGGUCGGUUCGCGUCUUGGGAUUUAUCGCCCUUGGGACCCUGCUUAUGCCCUUGGUAGUCAUGCGGAUGCGUGUGACACCGCCAAGGCUUCGGGCUUUCUUCGACUGGUCUGCCUUCGUUGACCUCCCGUUCAUGUUCUUUGUUGUAGCCACUCUUAUUGGGUUCAUGGGGAUGGCUACGCUUCUGUUUUACCUUUCGUUUUACGCUGCCAAUACAAACACGACCGACGCUCGCAUGGCCUUCUAUAUAGUGUCUAUCUUCAACACGGCAUCAUGCCUCGGUAGGGUUCUACCCAACGCCCUGUCCGACAUUACUGGGCCGUUCAACAUCAUGGCGCCGUGUGCUAUUGUCACAGGCAUCUUGGCGUUUUGCAUGAUCCCGGCCCGGGGGUCAGAAGCAUCUCUCAUCGCCCUUACAGUGCUGGCAGGCUUCUUCAGCGGCGUCUUCGUCUCCAUGCCCGCAGUGUGUUUUGUGCCCUUGACAAGAGACAAGAGCAUGAUUGGUACCCGCAUUGGUAUGGGCUGUGGCAUGAUGGCAUUCGGAUUGCUCAUCGGCGGCCCUGGCGCAGGUGCCAUACUCGGGACCUCCGAGCCCUUGAGCUGGCCAGCGUUGUGGCUAUACUGCGGCGUGUCCACAUGCGCGUCAGGCUUGAUGUAUACUGCGCUACGAUUAUACAGGUCUGGGCUUAAACUAAGUAGUAAAGUAUGA